ACGUCAGAUUCCGAGGUCAAAGCGAAAACUGUUGUUUACAUCUGUUGGGACAAAUCGAACUAUAAAUUUCGGUGAAAUUAAGCGCAAAACUCCAACCUAAUCCGUUCCGCCAGCUACUUCGAAGCCAUUCUACAAUGGACCGCAGCAGGCGGUUAUCGAGCGAAAGUUCCUCCGGCCCGAUUGCCCCCAUCAAUUUUGCCACCGAUAAGUACCCAUUCUGUAUUGUAUGGACACCGAUUCCCGUGCUGACAUGGUUCUUCCCGUUCAUCGGCCACAUGGGCAUUGCCAUGUCCAACGGAGUGAUACGUGACUUUGCCGGGCCGUACUUUGUCUCCGAGGAUAACAUGGGCUUCGGUAGGCCCACCAGAUAUCUCCAGCUGGAUCCCUGCUUCGUGGAUGGUGGCACCGUGGAAUGGGACGAGUGUGUCUCGAAAGCUUCCGUGGUCUACGGAACCCGGAUGCAUAACCUGUUUUGUGACAAUUGCCACUCGCACGUCGGAAUGGCCCUCUCGCUGAUGAAGUACAAGCAGUACACUAACUGGAAUAUGGUUGUGCUGGCGUUUUGGAUGUUCUUUGUCGGAAAGUAUGUUGGCAUCAAAGGAUUCCUUAAAACGUGGACCCCGUUUUUGAUAGUCUUGAUAACAUGCACCCUGGUGGCCGUCUAUCUGAAGUAGGAUUGAGACGUGCUGCUUCCAGCAGGUCAGGAAUAAUAGCAACAUGUAUUGAAGCAGAGGUUCUGGGCGGUAGAUUUAUUACUCUUCUUAAGAAGUUUAUGUGAGGCAGACUUAUAAAUGUAUUUAUUUUAACUUAUGUACUGAACUGAUCAGUGGAAUGUUUUACUAAGAAAAAUAGAAUAAAGCUUCUAUAAACGU